GUACAUUUGAUUGCCAUGAACAACUGCGGCACCUACUCCAUUGUUGGAUUUGUAUUCGUCAGUGAAAAUAAAAUCAGCAACAAGGGUUGCUUUAACUCUUAGGAAUUCCUGUUUUACUCAUGUAUUGAUGUGCUAUUGCUGUAUUGCUAGCUUUUAAAGUUUUAUUGCCUCUCACUACAUUUUAAAACGGUCGGGGUUUAAAGUUUGAACCGCACUCUGCGGGAAUUUGAACGUAGUGUUCUGUAAGUAUGUGAAAGAAGAAAUGAGUCGAGCCUUCACUCAACCUUCGAUGAAUGUGUUACUUUUUUUGUAACGUGACACCGGCGGCGCCUGUUUUCGUACUGGACUGUUUUCGUCCUGGCCCUUUUCCCUUGAAAGGAUGAACUACAAUGUCCAAAACGAUAUACGUCGUCCAAGAAGGGCCGGCCAACGCUUUGGCACUAAAAAAAGACAACUCCCAAGUUGUUAUCGCUGGAAGGAACGUUUUUAAGAUAUUCUCCAUUGAGGAGGACGAGUUCGUUGAAAGGAGCAAUCUAAGAGUUGGGAAAAACUUGAAUCUCAAUUUUUCCUGCAACGAUGUAGCAUGGAACAGUAUUGAUGACCACAUUUUGGCCACUGCCGCUACGAAUGGGGCUGUUGUGGUGUGGAACUUGAACCGUCCUUCGAGGUCGAAGCAAGAGCAUGUCUUCGCCGAUCAUAAGCGCACUGUUAACAAAGUUAGUUUUAAUCCGGCUGAGCCUUCAUGGUUGAUAUCUGGAUCGCAAGAUGGUACAAUCAGAACGUUUGAUCUCAGGACGAAAUCCUCCACAAAUAUUUUCUUCAGUAGUAACACGGAGAGUGUGAGGGAUGUUCAGUUUUGCCCAAAUUCCCAUAUGAGCUUUGCAUGUGUGUCGGAAAAUGGCAAUGUCCAGACCUGGGAUAUGAGGAAGCCUGACAAAUGCGUUUUGCAGUUUACAGCUCAUAGCGGCCCAAUUUUCGCAUGUGACUGGCAUCCCGACUGUCCUUGGUUAGCCACCGCUUCAAGAGACAAAACCAUCAAGGUUUGGGACAUGUCGUGCAAACCGAUUCUGGAGUAUACGAUCAACACUAUUGCAUCAGUGGGCAGAGUGAAGUGGAGGCCACAGCACAAAUACCACAUCGCAUCUGUAGCUUUAGUCGUGGACUGUUCAGUUAAUGUUUGGGACGUCCGUAGGCCGUACAUCCCUUAUGCGGCAUUCACAAAGCACAAAGAUGUGGCGACUGGUAUCUCUUGGCGUGGCGACCCAAAUAUCUGCCUCACCACAAGUAGAGAUUCUACAUUAUACCAACAUGUCUUUAAUGAUGCCUCUUACCCUGCAAUGCAUGCAAACCCCCAAGCGUUGGAUAUCAGCCCGAUGGGUCAUGUUGCAUUUGCCUGUAGGCUCAAUGUUGUUCCAAAGCAAAGCAAAAUACAAGGUAUCCUCAGAAGAAGCAAUAAUUCCUCCGAAGAGUUUUGGCAAGCAACAAGUAUACUAAACAUUUUUAGCAGGGACAUUAACAAAGAAACAGACUGGCUGCAUACCUGCGCCAAAGAAUAUAUUCUUACUGGAAAACCUUUGGGAGAAUUAUGCGAUCAUAAUUCAAAUGUAACACGACGGAUGGGUAGAUUAGCAGUGAGUUUACUCUGGACAAUGGUCAAAACCCUUUACACAAAUAAAAAUGUAGAGGUAGGCUUCCAGACACCCUCUAGAGAGGAAACCAUUGAGAAUGAUGAUAAACGAGAAAAGAUGAAAGAGAACAACGCUGUAGGUGAUUCAGGAGUCAGCGAUGAAAUGAGCGGCACCCUUGGUGAUUCUGUCGGGGAUUUCUUCUUCGGGGAUUCUGAAAUGGAUCCUUUAAGCAUGGAUUUUGAAAUAAACGGCCUUGAUGGUUUGAUAUCUCAGGAUUGGACAUUACCGACGGAAGCGUUUCCUUUGAGGCAUGAGAUACAGGACAGGUCUCCCCCACCAGAACAGUUUCCAAAUCACGAUUCACCAGAUCAGAAUGAUGACGGGUUUUCAGAAAAUCCUAUAAAUUCCACUGAUAACUGGAAUCUUCUUGGUCAAGUCGCACCCAUCAAGUUGAACAGCUGGGAUCAUUGUCAAAUCUUGGCUGAAGCACUGAAAGCUCACGCGGAGAUGGGAGACGUCCAGACACCUGUUUGCAUUUUAACUGCAUUGGGAGAAAAAAGAUCUUCGUUAUUGGCCCACAUCGAAUUGCAUUCUCAAGAGAUUUGGGUCCUAUCGUAUGUAGAACUUCUGUCACAGCAGAGGCUCUGGACCCAAUCAAAUGAAAUAAUUAAGCUUUCUUGGCUUCCAUGCGUAUCGCAAAUGAAUCAGAAAUCAACCACUGUCUACACAGGUUGUAACCAGUGUGACAAACCGUUCGUGCAAGGAGGCUGGAGGUGUCCUAAAUGCGACACCGCCAUUGUCUGCAGCGUCUGCCAUCAGGUUGUACAUGGAUUGUACGUUUGGUGCCAAGGGUGUAUGCAUGGUGGCCACCUGGCGCAUAUGAAGGAGUGGUUAAAAGACAACAAUCUCUGUCCUACAGGCUGUGGUCACGCCUGUGAAUUUAUUUAAUAGGAAAUAAUUUAUGUACAGUUUUGUUUGCUCAAUAUUUACACUAGUAAGCAGAAAUUAAUUAUUUAUAUUAAUCAUAUAUCAUUGUUUUUGCUGAGCUAGUCAAACAUUGAAAAUAAGGUGUUUUUUUUUCUAAUUUAUGGCUUUUGUGUUUAUUGUUAGAUAAUUUAUUAUGAAAGACCCAUGUGAAAAAGUAUAAAAAUGAGGCUUUUCCUUUGUUCCUAAAAUAUGCCAUAUACAUGGCACAAAAGACUGCAUUAUAUUCAUUUUUAAUACAUUUCAAUAUGUACAGUUUCUUUUAGAAUUAUAAUUUACAUAUAAUAUUUAUUGAA